AUGGAUGAAAAAGCAAAAAGAUUUGUGAGCAAAUCUAGACGAAACAAACCGAAGCAUGGAAGUAAAGGAAAAGUUACAUCAAAACUAAGAUCACGGUGUCGAAAAGGGGGUCAGAAGAAGUCGUCGACGGCGUCAAAAAGUAAUUCAGCGAUUUCGCCAGGCUUAUCGAAUGAGAGGAAUUUGGAGAAGAAUUUGGAAAAGAAUCACCCUCUAGAAAAGAGGGAAAUUGAGAAGAAGGAGUCUGAAAAAGAGUCGGAUAAGAAAAAAGAGGAAGAGAAGAAAAAGAUUGAAAAAAGAAGAGAAAGAGAGUUCAAAGAAGACAAAGAACCAGAUACGGAUAGUGAUCAUGAUGCAGAUCUUUCGUUGAAAAAGAGUCAUGUUGCCGUCCCCACCCGAAAAGGCAAACCCCAAAAAGUGGCAAUCAAGCACAACGACGUCGACGAAAAAGAGACAGAACGUCUUCUCAAAAAGCUAAACGACAUCAAGACAGAACCAGCUCGCCCACAAGUCACUCUCGACGAGAAAUCCAAAAUUCUUAUGGAUCGAGUCGAGAAAAAACCGUACCCGGCGAAGUACGCAAAACGGAAUAAAUGGGCACUUUUGGUGGAGGAAGAUGGCGAAUUUUUCAAGCCGACUCCUUUCACUAAAGCGGGUUCAUCGACGAUUGUACCUGUAGAAGACACAUAUGACUACGUUCCGAAACUAGCAGAUGUUCAGAAAAUGGAAGGGGAGAAUGUGUUUCAGACAACGAUGGGCGAGGUUCCAUAUUGGGGCGUAUAUUUGGAUCCGGAGGAGCAUGAUUUGGAUGGAAUCGAACCUCCGAUAUCUGUUGGAAGUGAACAUGUAAUGGCUUAUCACAAGAAAGAGCUCCCACUCAAAACCCCCAAAUGCUCCAGGAGAUCCCGCCCCAUUUUAUCGGCUCGUGAAGAAAAAGAUCGUCUGUUGACUUCGAAAAAGCUGGAUGCCAAAUCUCCAACACCUUCAAAAAUCUCAAAAAUCGAAGAGGAACAGAAACAGCAAAAUAUUAAAAUUCCUUGA